AUGUCCAGCCACAUCGGUUUAAUACGCGCCACAGCUUCGCUCGUCCUGGCCCUUUUUGUGAUCGCCUCGUCCGCAUCUUCUCCUGAUUGUGUUUACACUCUAUAUGUAGAGACGGGUUCAGUGGUGAAAGCAGGGACCAACUCGAAAAUCAGCGUCACGCUGAGCGACUCGAGCAAGACCUCGGUUUGGAUCCCGGACCUGAAGAAAUGGGGCCUCAUGGGCCGAAAACACGACUACUUUGAGAGGGGAAGUGUCGAUGUUUUCACGGGCCUCGCCCCAUGCAUCGGGGCCCCCAUUUGCAGGAUCAAUAUCACCUCUGACGGGGCCGGGUCCCACCACGGCUGGCUCUGUAACUCCGUCGAGAUCACCUCCACCGGCCACCGCAUGGGCUGCAGCCAGUCCAUUUUCUACGUCGACCAGUGGCUCUCCACGGAUGCGCCGCCCUACAACUUGUCGGCGGUUGUCAACGGUUGUGGAGAUUUUGCGGCCCGGAAAAGUGUUGGCCCAUUUGUUUUCGCGAGGCCCAUUGGAUCUGUUUCUGCUACUGCUGCAAAGCGAAGUGCGAGAAACAGUUUUUAAUUUUUUUAGUGUUCUAGUGAGAGAUUAAGUUGAUCGAAGAAAGGCUUUGUUUUUUGGUUUUUCAAGUAAAUAAAAUAGAGUUUGUUUGCUUGCAAAGUUUAAGGCCGUCUACUAUUUUUUUCUAGCUCACGUGUAACAAAAACUGCAAUAGUCAGGUCCAGUUAUAAUAAUGAACA